AUGUCCACCUCACAGCUACUAGCCAGUCGUAUGCAAACCGUUCGAUACAUGCAUGUGGUUGACUUGACGAUUCUGUUAUUCGACUACGGUUUGACCCUAGAUGCUGAAGUCUCGUUAAUCUGGGACUCUCGGUGGACGUUUUCCAAAGCACUCUACCUGAUGUCGCGUUAUUCCCCCGCCUUUGAUGUGCCGAUACUGCUCUAUUAUUCGACAGUGAACAACAUUCCCUUCAAGCAAUGCGCUCAACUCCAAGCGGCAUCGUCUUGGGGCACCGUUUUUGGUAUUGCCGUAGCAGAAGCUAUUCUUGUUCUGCGGACGUAUGCGCUUAGCGGGCGAAAGCGCGGCGUGCUUGUAUUCUUCACCACCCUGUGGAUUAUCGGAAUAUCCGCCUCCAUCGUGUUGCUCGCGCUGUUUGAACGGACAGUAACUUACGGGCCACCACCCUCAUCAUUCAUUCCCGGGUGUUAUCUGGUCGAAGGGGAUGUGAUCUAUGCCGGAAUUCCUUUCAUCAUCGUGCUUAUCAAUGACACAAUCAUCAUGGCUUAUACCCUCUGGAUCGGGCUGAAGAACUAUCGACAUACCCGAAAUCCGCUCAUCGUCACGUUGUAUCGGGAUGGUGUUACGUAUUACUUGAUUUUGUGCGCAAUUUCAGCGCUCAAUGUUGCCAUCAUGCUGCAGGCUCCGUCUGUAACAGCACAACUAUUCAACACCUUUCUCCGAGUUAUUCACAGUAUCUUGUCGACGAGGAUUUUAUUACACGUUCGAGAAGCGAAAUUCCGAUCUGGGGAGACUAUUCAUGGUGGCAAUAGUGCAGUCCCAAGAGUGACAUUGAGUUUUGCUGCUGGACAUUAUACGGAUGGAUGGUAG